CAAAUGUCACCUGUGUUGACUUUUUUUCUGAACACAAGAUUGUGCACUGAUUGCCUUUAGUUGUCAAGUCAAUUUUAUUGCUUUGGAACAUGUUUCGCUUCUGUUCAGAAUUAGAGGGUGGUUUUUUGACGCAUCUCCUGCAAAUUCUGUUGAAUUAAAAAAAAAAAAGACUUUGGGGAUUUCAAGGUGGCUGCUUGCUAGAAAACAAAUUACUCAGGUAAGAAAAACUUUUUUGUUUUUAAUUUUGAAAAAUUUGGCUGGGUUUUGGUGUCUUGACUCAGCAAAGUCUAUACUGCAGCAAGGCUUGGUAAGCAUUAAAGGGGGUACUGAAGCUUUCCUUUAUUUCAUAAUCCCGAUUGUUUUUCUAGAAACCAUCAAUAGCCUCUAAAUGACUGACUCAAUUUUUGGAUCCUAUUCUCAUGACUAAGCAAAUGUUUGAUUUGAAACCAGCCCAGUAUAAAUGUCUCUGUGCCUCUAACUCUGUAGCUAUUCCUGGCUUUCAGCACUGGGGAAACCAAUCUAUGCACCCAAAAUGUCUAAAGUUGGAACCAAGAUUACUUUCUAUGAAGACAAAAACUUUCAAGGCCGCCACUAUGACAGUGAUUGCGACUGCACGGAUUUCCACAUGUAUCUGAGUCGCUGCAACUCCAUCAGAGUAGAAGGAGGCACCUGGGCUGUGUAUGAAAGGCCCAACUUUGCCGGGUACAUGUACAUCCUACCCCGGGGCGAGUAUCCCGAGUACCAGCACUGGAUGGGCCUCAACGACCGCCUCAGCUCCUGCAGGGCUGUGCAUCUGUCUAGCGGAGGCCAGUAUAAGAUUCAGAUCUUUGAGAAAGGGGAUUUUACUGGUCAGAUGUAUGAAACCACUGAAGACUGCCCUUCCAUCAUGGAGCAAUUCCACAUGCGAGAGGUCCACUCCUGUAAGGUGCUAGAGGGUGCCUGGAUUUUCUACGAGCUGCCCAACUACCGUGGCAGGCAGUACCUCCUGGACAAGAAGGAGUACCGGAAGCCCAUCGAUUGGGGUGCAGCCUCCCCAGCCAUUCAGUCUUUCCGUCGCAUUGUGGAGUGACGAUGUGGAUGGGGCCACAAGCUUCUUCCUGGGGGCCAAAUGCUGGCUGGCCUUGUCGUCCAAAUAAUCAUCAUAAAUAAAACAAUUGGCAUGCAUUCCA